GACAGUUUGUAUGUUGCGUGAACCGGAAUUGUAAAUUGUAAUUGAAUCAUCCGUCAUCCAUGACCGUCAUAGAAGUCGGAAAUUAGAUAAAUUUUGUGAAUUUCGAUAGUUUAUAGCGAAAUUAUAAAUUUUUACAAUGUCGCGACCAGGAGAUAGGCCAAAUCAAGCACAAACGUACAAGCUUGUUGUGGUUGGCGGCGGUGGAGUUGGAAAAAGUGCUAUUACAAUUCAGUUUAUACAGAGUUAUUUCGUAACGGAUUAUGACCCCACCAUCGAAGACAGCUACACCAAGCAAUGUGUCAUAGAUGAUAUUCCAGCAAAACUAGAUAUCCUAGAUACAGCUGGACAAGAGGAGUUCAGCGCUAUGCGUGAACAGUACAUGAGGUCCGGCGAGGGUUUCCUCUUGGUGUUCUCCGUGGCCGACCACGCGAGCUUCGAUGAGCUGUUCAAGUUCCACAAGCAGAUCCUGCGAGUAAAGGACCGGGAUGAGUUCCCGAUGCUGAUGGUGGGGAAUAAGGCUGAUUUGGAACACCAGAGAGUGGUAACACUAGAAGAAGCGCAAGCCCUGUCCCGCCAACUGAAAAUCCCUUACAUUGAAUGCAGUGCCAAAGCGAGAAUGAACGUCGACCAGGCCUUCCACGAGCUGGUUCGUCUCGUGAGACGCUUCCAAGAGGCAGAGAGGAUCCACAUCAAGUCGGAGCACAGGAAUAAGAAGAAGAAAUGCACUAUCUUGUAACGGACAAACGAUCGGGCUUGGCAUCGGCAGGUAAUGUAGGCGAUUUUGUAAGGGCAUUUUUGUAUUGGAAUAAAAAAAUUGUAAAAAAAAAAUAAAACAUUUUAUACCGAAAGUUCUUUGAAAGGCGGCAAUGGCUGUCCUAUAGUGUUAUAAAGCUGAUGUUCCGGGAAUUUAGCUGGAAUUUUACAGAUAAUUUUAAUAUUCAAACAAUGAAUAAAGAUUUAAACAUUUUUAUUGCGAGAGGUCUUUUAGUAGUACUUUUAACUUCAUACAGAAUCAAAUUAUUGACAGUUUUUAACUGGAUUAUCUGUAAAAACAUAAUAGUUUUAUAAAACGUAAUAAAAUUAUUAUAUAAGAACACUAAUGGUUUUGCAUCUCAUGAUUAUAUAAUUUUUGGUGUUAAAAAAGUAACGAUUUCUAUGAUGAAAUGAUUUAAAAUCGUUCACAAUAUUUACCUGCUGUAAUGGAGAUGAAGCGGAUGUUUAUUUUUAGUUCUGUUUAGGUUGUUUGUGACCACACAAAGAGCAUUUUUUUUUGUUAUUUAUUGUCCCAUAGCGUAAGUUGUAAUAUUUAUGAACUUGUGACAGCUAUUUUGGUCGUCUUUUUUUUUGUAAUGGAAAUUUUUACAUUAGUGUUCUCUUUAUAGAAUUAAAAUAAAAUUUUAGUGAACAGUGUUUUGUUCUUUUUUUGCUGUUUAAUUAUUGCGUAAUUUAUUAAAAAAAUAAAAACCGUAUUAUUUCGGAACCUUUCGGUUAACAAUAAACUAUUUUCAUAUUUGGAAACUUGUACAACAUAAGAUCUCUACAAAUUGAAUAUCGAACCAAAAUAGCUGCAGCAUUAGUUUGAUUAAGCUUUACUUUAGAUGGGCGUAUUUUUUUAAUAUUAUAUAUUUAUUUGAUUAUGAAUACAUCACAUAAUACACAGUAUUGCAAGCACGGAUUAUGAUGCUAUUAUCGCACAAAAUGGUCUAGAAAGUUCUCCAGUUGAUUUGUUGGAUUUAUAAUAUAACAUCAACUGUUACUUGGUGUUUUAAAAUAAUAAAGUCUCUGUGAACUUAAACAUACUUAACUUCUUUUGAAACAAAUAUCAACUUUAUUUGUAUGUCUUGGUGGAUAUUUUUAUUUAACAGGUAAUAUGUGUUCUAAUCCACAGUUACGAUGAUAGUUAUUGAUUUUAGGAUUUCAUUUUUCGUAACCCAAUUGCCUUUUAGCGCACAGAAAUGGUCGCGCAUAACUGGAGUGCAAAUACGUGUUAAUGCCAUGCAUGCUAUCUCAUUCUAUAGAAGGAUGUUUCUUAGGGAUAGACAAGGACAGAUUGUAGGGUUAAUUGUAUGUUUUGUGAACAUUUUCGUGCAAAAAUCCAACAUAGAUAACAAGGUGUCGUUUGUAGAACCUAUAAACAGAUAAAUGGACGAUUUUACGAAAAAGUCAUAUAAAUACACUGAUUGUUAUCAUCAUCAACAGCCCUCAUAAGUUCCCGCUGGGACACAAGCCUCCUAUGAGGGUUUCAGGUCACACAGAUUGUAGUUUAUAUUCCCCAAAUUCUACACUUAAAGAUUAUGACAUUAUCUAUGCGAUUUCACAUGUUGUUAUGUCGUUUGUGUUGCCAGCAUGUUAACUUUUAAUUAAUACCUCAUGCUAUUUAUUAAUGUCACGUAACCGGAAACUAAUUUGCGUAGAUGUAUCUCACAUUUGUAAAGAUUAUCAUGCCAUACAUGGUGUCAGGAAAUCCGUUGUAUCUAGUCUAAAUUGGACAUCGGUAGUUUUUAAAAGAAAAAUUUUAUAUUUUGAAACCAAAAACCAUACUUUCUACAAAAAACCACAUCUUUGUAUAAAAAAAUCUUUAUUUUUUAUCUAAAGCUGUUUUAGUUCACAUUGUUGAAAAUAACACCUUUUUAAUUUAAUGUAAAUAACUAAAAAAAUCGAUUUAUAACAUAAGUAAAUGGGUAGUAUUGAUAGAAAUCAAUAUGGGCCAUUUUACUGCUCGAAAUUACAUGCAACGGAUUGAUAAAAAUGCGAAUUAAAGUCGUAAUUCGUAUAACAAAUUUAUAUCUAUUCUUUAGCAAUUUAUUAAUACCAAAGUGCGUUUCGUUUAGAAAUCAAAGUACCUUUCGCGCUGCGAGGUAAUGGACGCAACUAACUAGUAUAAGUUUUUAUAUCUAAAUGCAUUAUUGUAUAGUGAUCGUUGUUUAUAUUAUAACGUCAAUGUUUAUGGAACUUUGAGUUCAUGCCAUUGUGAGAUUAUGGAUAUAAAGAUUCCAUUCACGUUAAGAU